AUGGCGCAAGUCCUAGAUAUUGCCAUGCGCAUCCCAGAGUUCUUCAAGGGACUGCGGAAAGAACGAUUGUCCGGGUUACGGCCGGUGGGCGAGUUUCUAGAUCACCAGCGCAUCAGCAGGCCGCAAGAUCUCAACGAAGCAACGCAGCGCAUCACAUACAACACGCGGCAUUUCUCAGGGAACUAUCUGCUGCUAAUCAUCUGCCUCGCCAUCUAUGGCAUCAUCACCUCGCCGGCGCUGAUUGUGGCCGUCGGCUUCCUCGUCGGCGGGUUCAUGCUGAUCAACCGGUUCGCGCCGGAGCCGAUGCAGGUCGGCGAGCACGUCGUGACUCAAAAGUCGCUGUACACGGUGCUCUUCUGCAUCGGCAUCCCGCUGCUCUGGUUUGCUUCGCCGUUCGCGCUCAUCUUUUGGCUCAUCGGGAGCAGUGCUGUCAUCGUUCUUGCGCACGCCAUCUUUAUCGAGCCACCCGUCAGCAGCGAGUACAGCUCCGUUGAGACCGUGUAAAGGGUGGUGGCUGGUGCAUGGUGCAAUGUGCACGAGCGGGGACACCUGAGCGUGUGCUCGUUCUCACUUGCACGCAGCCCUCCAGCUUGUAUUGCUAGUACAAGUACAAAUUACACUACAUCCUUGUGCUGAAAA